AUGAGCUCUCUUCGCGGUUCGGCGGCGUCGGACGGGAGCGCAGACGUGUCGUGCCGGACAGAAGAGGCUGGCGACUCUACGACGCUGCUCUACUCGGUCAUUCGACUCAUCUUUCGCGCCACCGGCUUCGUCUUCUACGCCACGACAGAGUGCCAUGGCGUCGAGGACUUUCCGGCGGCCGGCGAGCCGACGCUGCUCUGCUUCAACCACGGCAACGGGCUGGCCGACCCGCUCUGCCUCAUCAAGGCGACGCCACGGAUGGUGCGCUUCUGCGCAAAGGACACGCUCUGGAAGGUGCCCAUCAUGGGAACCCUUAUCCGCAACUCCGGUGCCGUCCCAAUCUACCGGCAGCGCGAGCACGGCGACCAGGCAAAGGACCGGAAUCUGGAGGUGUUCCGAACGGUGAUCGAGGUGCUGCGGGCGGGAGGAUGCCUCGGCUUCGCGCCCGAGGGCGUCUCGCGCUUCCUGCCCUACAUGGAGCAGCCGAUCGCGCUCGAGGCGGUCCGACAGUCUUCUGAGGCGGGAGACGCGGACUUCAAGGUGAACGUCGUCCCGGUCGGCCUCGCCUUCACGCACCGCGAGAAGUUCCGCUCCGACCUGUGCAUGUCGUACUGCAAGCCCAUCGUCGCCCUCACCUGCCGUCUCUCGGCCGACCUCGAGGCGGUCACCAUCAACGCGCCCGACUGGGGUGUCAUCCGGUGCGGCAUCACCGCGGCGCGGCUGCACCAGGCUGCCGACUCGCAGCUCACCCUCAAGCAGUACCUCUCCCUGCUGCGCGGCUGGGUCGAGGUGCUCAAGCUCGCGCCCGCAGACGCGAGCGGCGGCGGCGGCGGCGGCGGCGGCGGCGGCGGCGGCGGCGGCGGCGGCGGCGGCGGCGCGUUGGAACGAGACGCGCCAAAGGCGUCGGCGCUUGCUGCGGCGCGGCUCAAGGCGGAGCUCUCCGAGUACCAGCGGCUGCUCGACGAGAAGGGCAUCAAGGACGAGCGGGUCCGGCGCGCGGCCGCCGUCGGGCAAGCGCUGCCGUGGUAUUGGUGUGCGUGGGGGCUGGCACAGCGCGCAGUGUUGUGCAGCCUCCUCUUCGCCGUCGCCACUCCGGGGCUCGUGGCGUGGAUGCCGGUGUGGGUCUACGUCAAGAGGCGAGAGAGGAUGCUGAUGGCCAAGGGACCACGGUGGAACGACUCGGUCGCGGAGACGAAGAUGAUGGUCUGCGCGCUCAUCGUGAUGGCCUUCGUGCUGGGCUGCCUCGGGUACGCUCUGCUGCACCGCUCGGCUGUGCCGCUCGCCUUCAUCGCCUACCUCUACGCCACGAUGCGCCUCUACGAGGAGGCGGUCGCCGACGCCCGCUCCUGCUACUCGCUCUACAAGCUCCUCUUCCUCCGCCCCUCGACCAUGGCAGCCAUGGUGCAGAAGCGAAAGGCCGCAAAGGCGGCCCUCGACGCCGCCUCCUUCUCGCUCCCCGACGGCGUCGCGUCCGAGGUCAAGACCACUCACGACGAGGCGCUGCCAAAGACGUCGUGGAGGCGCGCCUUCGACUUUUACUUCCCGUGGUGGCUCUCCCGCCUGCUCGUCCUGUUCAUGCGCCGACGCAAGAAGGACUGGAACGAGGUGCUGCGCCUCGAGGACCACAACACGAUGGACUACGUCGAGUGA